CUAUAGUUUUGUUUCUUUAGAACUGCAGUCCUCACUGUGACAUAAGUGUAGUGUAUAUUAGCUCAGUCUAGAGUGGCGUUUAUUUGUUAACGCAGAGCGGCUUCUUGGCGUUUAGCACGCAUGCCCUGCGCUGAGCGAUUCUUUCUGUCCUGCCCAAUGUCACAUCUGAAGAUAUGAGAGAAAAUAUCCGGUUGCAAUUGACAGGCAACGGCAGCCGGAGCACUAAAAGUGGCAUCUUCCCACGGGACCUCCUCACCUCCUGUGAGCGCGCAGCGCCCGGACAGACAGCGAGCGCGCAGGCUUUGUGCGGAAAAAAAAAGAUGAGCCACGAUAGAAUUUAGUAGCGCAGCCGCGAAAUUAUAGCAUGGACCAGCUAUGUUGUCCAGAAAAGGACUCAUUCCCGAGGAUUAUCUGCUGACUCGUUUGGCGGAGGAUGUGUUACAGCCCAAAUUCAAGACUAAAUUGCGGAAGGCGCGAUUCGUCGCCAAGAACGGAACUUGCAACGUCGCUCACACGAACAUUCGUGAACAAGGACGCUUUCUCCAGGACGUCUUCACUACGCUAGUGGACCUAAAAUGGCUUCACACCCUCCUGAUCUUCACCAUGUCGUUCCUGUGCAGUUGGCUCUUGUUCGGGAUGAUCUGGUGGCUCAUCGCGUUCGCGCACGGAGAUCUGGACCAGAAAGGUGACGACUUUGUGCCGUGCGUAACGGACAUCCACUCGUUCUCCUCCGCCUUUCUGUUCUCCAUCGAAGUCCAAGUGACCAUAGGUUUUGGCGGACGGAUGAUCACGGAGGAGUGCGUGUCGGCCAUCGUGAUACUGAUCAUUCAAAACAUAGUAGGUCUGGUGAUCAAUGCCAUCAUGUUAGGAUGCAUCUUCAUGAAAACAGCGCAAGCGAACCGGCGAGCGGAAACGCUCAUCUUCAGCAAACACGCGGUUAUUACCGUCAGAAACAACAAGCUGUGCUUCAUGUUUCGCCUCGGGGACUUGAGGAAGAGCAUGAUCAUCAGUGCCACCGUGCACGUGCAGGUGGUGCGCAAGACCGUCACCAGUGAAGGCGAGAUCGUGCCUUUGGACCAGAUAGACAUCCAGAUGGACAACCCUGUGGGCACCAACAGCAUCUUCCUGGUGUCUCCCCUCAUCAUCAGUCACGUCAUUGAUAAAAACAGCCCUCUGUAUGACCUGUCGGCGGCGGAUCUGCAGCACGAGGACAUCGAGGUGAUCGUCGUUCUGGAGGGGGUGGUGGAGACCACCGGCAUCACCACCCAAGCGCGGACCUCUUACCUGUCCGAGGAGAUCCUGUGGGGUCACAGGUUUGUGCCUACGGUGUCUGAGGAGGAUGGGAUGUACGCCGUGGACUAUUCUAAGUUUGGAAACACCGUUAAAGUUGCGACGCCGAGCUGCAGCGCGCGCGCGCUGGAUGACGCGGGAGGGCUGGAGAGCUUCAGAGCGCAGGAGGGCAGCAGCGGCGGCGCGUCAGUGAGGAGGAGAAUCAAACAUCAAAACACCAAAGAACUGUAAACUCACUCUGUCAUUAACCUCCCGAGACACAACGAAAGGGUUUGACAGUUUUAUUUGUUUCAUAUAACUCUACUGGAAUAAAAAGUAUAUAUAUAUAUAUAUAUAUAUAUAUAUAUAUAUAUAUA